AUGCCUAGUUCCACACCACAAAAACACAGGGUCUUCAAUGCCAAUAUCAUCAAUCCGAUUCUCUUUUGCAUUCAUGCUGGUCCAAGUAUCCUCUUCUAUUUCGUCAUGACCAUCGUCUUCGCCUUCGUCUUCGCCGUCGCCGUUAUUCCCCUCCAUGUCAUUGGUUGGCUCAAAAUAUCGAAGCUGCGCCUUCUCCUCAAAGUCGGAGUUAAAUUACUUGGUAAGGUUGACAACAUGUGCAACAAGAGCGAGGGCCCUAUUUUCCUCAAACGCGCCGUGGCUGUAGUAUUGAACAUUGAGGGCAGCCUGAACCAAAUCCUGGAAUUGACGGCUCAAAGCACUCAGGAAUAA